AUGGCUGCCAUAUCGACGUCGAGUCCUUUGACCUCAAUGAGCCCUACUUCAACAGAGCACGACUUUCGAUUUCCACGAAGGCCCGCCGACAGCGGCACCGGUGAUAUCAAGUCGGAGCAAUCAGCGCGCUCCGCUCCCUCCAAGAUCAAGACCAAGGGUACCGGUACCGCCUCACUCAUCACCAACGGGAACCCCAGCAACGCCCAGAGACCCAACACCAGCACCAGCAAGCUCAACAAGAGCACCGCAGAGAUGCGCGGCAGCCUGAAGGAAGUCCGUUUUGAUCUCUCAAAGACCUUGGAGAAUGCACGAGGCACCCUGUCCAAGACAGACGUAUUCGCCGACUUUCAGGAUGGCAUCGCAGGGAUGAGCAGCAGCCCAGAGGACUUGGGGAAGGAUGACCCGCUAGCCACCCAGGUCUGGCGCUUCUUCAGCAAGACGAGGCAGAACCUGCCCAACCAGGAGCGCAUGGAAAACCUCACAUGGCGCAUGAUGCACGCCAGUUUGCGCAAGCAGCGGCUCGCAGGUGAUGAGUCCUCCAGAUCCGGUGGGAAUGCUCCCAGCGGCAUAGCCCAGCUGCGAAAAUCUUCCGAGCAAAAUAUCUCGACUUCUGACCCCAUGAACCUCGACGACUUCAUCGUCACUGAUAACAUUGCCACCCCAGCAGGCACGGCUGGUAGCCCUUCGCCCGAGCUCUUGAAGCGAGGCGAAGACAAGCCAACGCGCUCGCACAUCACCGCUAUCCCCAUCAAGCACCGUCAAGCCUCCCUGCCGCAUUUUGUACCUCAGUCUGUCCCUGUGCCAGCUCAUGCGCCCAAUGUGCAGCACGAGUUUGGUUACGUUACAAGACACCAUAGAAAAACAAGCAUCGACGAGAGACGGACUCGGAAACGACCUGCGGACUUCUCGCCUCACGUCUCUGGCAUUGGAGGACUCGAUGGGGACACUGAUUUCCAUGAAUACACGCUCGAUCAUCCCCAUACCUCCGCUAUGGGUCACGGGCCUAAUCAACCCAGCGUGCCAUUCCCACUGGACACCUUCCAGAUGGAGAGCGACCCCAUAAUCACUUCAGCAGGGCCUUUCCAACAGAACUUUGCCUUCUCUCCGGGCACUUCACCGAUGGCGCACCAUGGGGCGUUUGCCAACAUGUACAACAACCAGUCCAUGCCCUCUUCAGCGGUCCAGAAUACGGAGUUUUACUCACCGCCAGGGUCGGCGUACCAAUCCGCCGUCUCUACACCACACCCAAUCAAUGAGGAGCCUUUCUACUUUGGCUCCAUGGAUGUCCGCCAUCAACGACCGCACCCAUUCCGGCCAGCCCCAACGAACAUGGCGAACUCAAUGCCAAACCAAUUCAUGUACAACCCGUCCAAUGGCAACCCCAUGUUCCCUACCACCUCUGGUGCAGACCCGGCCUCCGCUUUCGCCACGAGCAACUCAUUCGGCCACAUUGACCCAAGCCAAGUCUUCGCAGAUCACACUGUACGGUCUCCUGGCGUGACUAUGAUGCCAGACAGCAAUGGCAUGUUCAGCUUUGGGGCAGAUUCAGACGAUGGAGAGGAUGAUGUCGGUGCGUUUGCCGACCGUAACAUGACUAUGCCGCACGACUUUUCCUCAACUGAAUUCGAUGCUGAGGGAAUGCCAUCGCAUAACAACGCGAUGCAGUGGGAUGCGUCUUUGCCUGGGCAGUUUAGUACCCAAGCCGCACGGUACCCAGGUGGGCCGCCUGCUGCCAAGCGGGUCACUAUUGGUGGGACGACAACAGACUUUGUGGACUCUAAUGAAUGGGAAGGCGGUAAUCUCGGCCGAAGUCAAUCUCAAUCAUUCCGACAUGGUGGAGACCGCCGACAGAAAGUGCCACGAACUGCGUCAACCCCAGCGGUGAACCGAGGCAAUGCAUUUGAUCGCCUCUCGCGAUCUAAUCCCAAUUCCCCACCAGCAGACGGGGCUGGGCACGCUUCUGGAUACUCGUCUGUGAACCCCAGCAGACCGUCGUCACCUCCCGGAUCCAAGCACGGCUCGUCGACGAAUCUGCAGGGCGCUAACAAUUCGUCUACGGACGGAACCGCCCCCACGACGUGCACGAAUUGCUUCACCCAGACUACGCCUCUUUGGCGUCGUAACCCUGAGGGUCAACCACUCUGCAACGCAUGCGGCCUUUUCUUGAAGCUGCACGGUGUUGUCAGACCCCUGAGUUUGAAGACUGAUGUCAUCAAGAAGCGAAACCGUGGAUCUGGCAACAGCUUGCCAGUAGGCGGAACAAGCACACGAUCUGGGAAGAAGAAUGCUAGCGUCAAUGCUUCACACAACAAUUCUGGGACGAAUACUCGUAAAAACUCGUCCCUUGCUAUCUCUUCCUCAGCCAGCAACAUCGUCAGCCAGGCUUCGACACCUCCAGCGACCAACCGUGCUGGUAGCGUCAAUGCCAGCGACUCUCCAGUCAGUGGUGGACCUUCGGGCGGCAACACUGCUGGGAGCAGCCCGACCAGCUUCCACGGCAGCACAGGACCCGCGAACGGUGCAGUGGGUGGGAAGGGUGUCGUGCCUAUUGCUGCGGCACCCCCAAAGUCUACUCCUGGGCCAGGGGCCUCCGCUCUGCCGCGGACGGUUGCCGUGUCUGCAAAGCGACAGCGGAGGCAUAGCAAGAGCGCAGCCGACAACGCCGGCAUGGACAUUGACAGCCCCGAGAACUCGACCGGAUCCAAUGAGACGGCUCGGUCAAUCGGUUCGAGCAGCGGAUUCGGUACCAUGUCGAACUCCGCUAGUUUAGGCCUCGCCAACGGCUUUGGUAUGACGCAGAGACCCAUGGUCGGCUCCGGCAUGAUGACAGGCAUGCCCGCUGGUCAACCAGCUGUCACAGUGGCACCUAAUGGUGCAGGUACUGGACCCCAGGAAUGGGAAUGGUUGACCAUGAGCCUCUGA